UUACUCUUUUCUUCUUAGGAUUGGAUACUUGACAGAUACUAUAUUUUUAUCAAUAUGGAGAAGCUACGACUUAUGAAAGAUAAUCGCUCCGAAAUAAUUGUCGGUGGGAAGUACAGAAUAAUUCGUAAAAUAGGUAGUGGAUCCUUUGGAGACAUAUAUCUGGGAAUGAGUAUACAAAGUGGAGAAGAAGUUGCCGUAAAAAUGGAAAGUGCAAACGCAAGACAUCCACAACUUUUAUAUGAAGCUAAACUAUAUCGUAUUCUUACUGGCGGAGUUGGUAUUCCCAGAAUUCGAUAUCAUGGAAAAGAAAAAAAUUUUAAUACUUUAGUUAUGGAUCUUCUCGGACCAUCUCUCGAAGAUUUGUUCAAUUUUUGCACACGUCAUUUUACCAUUAAAACGGUGCUUAUGCUAGUGGAUCAAAUGAUUGGCCGCCUUGAAUAUAUCCAUUUAAAGUGCUUUAUUCAUAGAGAUAUCAAGCCUGAUAACUUUCUUAUGGGUAUCGGACGUCAUUGCAAUAAGUUAUUUUUGAUUGAUUUCGGUUUAGCCAAAAAAUAUCGCGAUCCCGUUACCCGCAUUCACAUUACUUAUCGUGAAGACAAAAACUUAACGGGAACAGCACGUUAUGCAUCAAUAAACGCACAUUUAGGAAUAGAGCAGUCUAGACGCGAUGACAUGGAAUCGCUGGGUUAUGUUAUGAUGUAUUUUAAUCGCGGUGUUCUUCCUUGGCAAGGCAUGAAAGCAAAUAAUAAGCAACAAAAAUAUGAAAAAAUUUCAGAAAAGAAAAUGUCCACACCAAUCGAAACUCUUUGCAAAGGAUUUCCCGCAGAGUUUUCUAUGUAUCUUAAUUACUGCCGCAGUUUGCGAUUCGAAGAACAGCCUGAUUAUAUGUAUCUAAGACAGCUUUUCAGAAUUCUCUUUAGAACCUUGAACCAUCAUUAUGAUUACGUUUACGAUUGGACCAUGCUUAAACAAAAAACGCAUCAAGGCCAACCAAAUCCAGCAAUAUUGCUCGGACAAGCUGAGUCACGCAACGAACGGGACAAGGAAAAAGAGAAACAGAGUGGAAAACCCAUGAUUUCUGAUUAAACCCAUUUCUAACAUCAAUUUGUGAAAUCAAACACGUAUUUUCUAGGGAUAGAACUGGAAUUUGAUUAUAACAAGUAAUGCAAAUGCAUUUUGCACAUCUAAUGGAUAUUAAUGUAUAAUUUACAAUACUGUACACAAUUUGAAUUACGUCAAUAAAGACUAAUUGUUUUAAACCUGAAAAA